ACGCAAGGGAACAUCCGUCAUUGAAAUUUCUGGUGAAAUUUCUUCUCGCGAGAGGAAUACCAAAAGAGAUAUGAAUUUUAUAAAAAUGUGAUCAAGAAACGAAAUUCAGUCUCCAGACGUGGGUGCAAAAUUAACGAGUGACCUAUUAAACUCCCAAGGGUGUUCCUUUCGAUACCCUUUCAAUGUGUAUUCAUCUGUAGGACAGACGAAACGGAGCGAAAUUCAAGAUGCCGAUGAUCAAAGGCGAGGAGGAACCCGACUUCUUCAGGGCUGGUAUAGUUUACAGAGAACUGGGAUACUGGUUAUCUCAUAUGAAUAUAUACUAUCAAACCGAGAAUUAUUUUAAAAAGGCUAUCAGGCAGGGUCAAGAAAAUGAUUUUAGAACCUAUAUCGGUUUAUGCAAGGCGUUGAUGAAGUUUGCUAAAUACGAGGAGGCAGUGGAGACCGUUGAGAAAUGCAGGGAAAUAUAUCCAACCUACACCCACGUGAGGCACAUGAUGCUUCAAACGUUAUUCCAGAUCAGUGAAUUCGGGUACAGCUUAAUGCAUGCCUAUCAAGGCUACCAGAAGUAUCGAGUCACAUUUUUCGAGCAUGGGAUAUAUCAGGGGAACGAGACGAUCGAGGACUGCAUGGGUAGAAACACUUCGCCCAUAGCGUUUCAACUUCUAUCCCCUUGGAUAAGGGAGCUCGAGGAGCACCGGAAGCUACUGAUGGAGAUGCUUAAAGAGGAAGUUGACGAGCUUGCUGGCUUCGAAGAGGGGAACUCGAAGUUCAAAGUAAACGAUCCGGAAGCCCAAGCAGAGGUUGCCUUCAGGAAGCUCCAACGAGUGAUCGCGAAGAUCUUUCUCGGGAAACUAGCCUACGAUAAAAAGUUUCUCCAGGAUAUAUCCGAGGAUCCUGAUAUUCUCCAACCGCCUAACAAAGCCUUGGUAGCAGAGCUGCGUGCACUGGCAACGAGAAUUUAUUUAGAAACACAGAGUAGACAAGACAUCAUUAGAACGCGACGACCUCUCUACACGAUGCUCUUCGAAAGAAGAAAUAUACCCAAGGGUCACAGGAUAAUGAUGGAGGAAGAGAAGAAGUUACGUAGAAAUUUAAUCGUCAUCGAGGCGGAUUUCCUGUUGCGUCGUUUGCACGACGUUAGAAUGCGCAAAGAAUACACUACGUUCUUUAGAAUGGUGGAUAGAGUUAAAGACAAGUUCGAUUCCUACUCGGUGAAGAUGUUCCCCUUGAAGCAGCAGUGUCUGGACGCAGUCUACAACAUGGUCGCUUGGAUGUACAUAGACGCCCGUGAUUUAUCCGGUUUUAAAAGUAACCGGAUCAGAAAAAUCUAUUUGAAGCAUCAUCUGGGUAUACGGGUGGCCGAGUUGCCAAGGGACUGCGACAUCGCCUGGGUGAAGGCUAUCAACCGAAAAAAGGCUCUCAGAGUUUUUCGCAGGAGAUUAGCGAUGGCUUCGGAACCCCUCGAGCUAGCCUGGCUGUUCCACGAGUUGUCCAAACACCUGAUCGACAUCCGCCGCCACGACUUGGCCAGAUUUUACAUAAAGAAGGCUCGGAAAAAGGGUCAGGAAGCAGAGAGCGAGCAAUGGGUGCUCAACACCCAUCACUUGUUACUCCGUAUAGAAAUCAAUCAGAAUUACCGGAACGAAGCUAAGGAAGUCGCGUUGCACGCGCUCUCCAGCUCGAAGAAACUUGGCCUCGAUUUUCUCGUCGAUUUCUACACGAACGCGAUCAACGUGAUCGACGAAAUGGACACGGAGAAGCUGAUCGAUUCGGACGCGAUCACGGCUAGACAACAUUUGAUCCUCGAUCUGAUGCCGAAUGACAUGAAGCCCGAAGUGGAUUACCUUUGGAGGAGCAUGGAGGCUGUGCCUGCCAAACGAAGAUUAUCCGUGAUGCCGGGUUGUAAGACGGUCGAUCGAAAGUUCAAACUACCCUGUAAGAGGAUGACCAUCUUGUCCGCUCCUCCCAAGAAUCCUGCGAAGGAAGCAAGGGAUGCUUUGCUCCAACAAUUCGCGCGGACCGUGGAGAGGCCCGGUUUCGUGGACUUUAAUAAAUUCGAAUGAGGAUCGUUUCGAUACCGACCCGUUGGAUCGCUCGAAAUAUUAAUGUUAAUAACGUUUAUGCCCGUCAGUGGCCUUUUGGCGUUCAAAGCGUUAAAACGAAUGAUUUAAGAGAAAAGUUGAAAGUUUCUUGAAUACGAAUGACGAGGAAUGUCGGAGGAAAGUUUUAGGCAUCGAACAGUAUGUCUUGUUGAUUCGAAUGAUCGAUCAAUCCUUGUUAAACUGGAUCACAGAGGCAUAUCCGUCAUUUAAAGUUUCGGAACUCCGAAACGGGGAGCUUUCGAGUUCGUGGAAUUCGUGUUGGGUUUACGUGGGAGGAAAGAUGGUGUUGCCUCGUUCUUCGGAGGGAUAAUCUUGAUGCGCGACGGUUGUUUCAGCUGAUUCCUUGGAAAUAUUUCAUGAACAUAAGGAAUUAUUAAUAUAGAAUUUUCAGAAUAUACGUGUGUAAUUUUAUCGAUGCGUCUUUUGUGAGGAAGAUUUGUAAAUUUGUAAAUUU